AUGGGUUUUGCACUAAUGUACUUGCCAGCCAUUGUCUCUGUUGGCUUGUAUUUUGAACGAAAACGUGCAUUUGCCAUGGGCAUCGCUACUCCUCUACCGCAAGAACCAAGCGAACAGCGACGCCUAGAACGAAAAGCACGCGAAGAAGAAGCUAAACAAAAACAAGUUACUGAUCAUUUAAUUUCGCCGAAUGAACCUGUAACAUCGAACAAUAAUGCUGCCGACGACGAACGGAUGUUGCCAGUUGUUGCCAUUCAGAAACCACCUACCAAAUCUUUUUUUAAUCAAAUAAUCGAACAAAUCGAUCUGAAUUUACUCAAAAAUGCUGCAUUUACACUAUUUGCUAUAUCGAAUUUUUUGACAAGUCUCGGCUUCAAUGCAGUUUACAACUAUGCUGAUGAUCUUGCAAAUGAUUCAAAAGUCAUAAAAGAUCAAAGAACAUAUAUUAUUAUGUCGAUUGGUUUGUCGAACAUUCUCGGUCGUGUUAUUAUUGGUUAUUUAGGUGAUCGAAAAUCGAUAAAUCGUCUUCUCUUAUUCAUUCUAACAUUGAUCAUUUCCGGUGUUGCUACUAUGAUAGCUCCAUUAUGUGGCUCUUCUGUUAUUUCUCAUAUAGGCUAUGCAUCCUUUUUUGGCUUCUUUUCAGGCGGUUAUGUUACUUUAACAGCCAUUGUUCUUGUCGAUAUAGUUGGUAUUGAGAAAUUAUCAGAUGCCUUCGGUGUUCUUUUACUUUUUAUCGGCAUUGCAACUGCGAUUGGAACACCAAUAGUUGGAGGAAUGCGAGAUGCAUUUUCACAUUUUGCUCGUCCUUUUCUUUGGCCUUAUCUUAUCUUUGGCGGUUGCACUGUUCUCAGCGGUAUCAUACUAUUUGCCAUUCCUUUCUUGCAACGAAAAAUGCCAAGUGAGCAUCAAAUAGAUAUGGAUUUGAAUACUUAUCACCCUGAAAAAGACCCAUCAUCUUCAAAGCAACAACAAAAACUAUAA